AUGCAGUAUUUUAUACGUUUUCUAAAACAUAGAAGAGAAUUCUUUAGAAACACUCAACUUUUUUACCGAUCCUCAAAGGUGCAUGAAAGUAAUGACUUACAAUUAAUGAACUCAGAUGUUAAUAGUGCAAAUGUUAAUGGAAAAGAAGUUAAAUGCUUUUCGCUUCUAAACAAGCCGCUCUUUCCAGGCCUUUCAUAUGUGCUCAAUGUGGAUAAAAAUCUUGUGAAUAUACUUGAAAACUGUAAAGAAAAAAAGAUAUAUGUGGGACUCUUUUUUAAUAAGAAAAAGGAAAAUGGACAAACGUAUGAUCUACUUUGUGACGAAAAAAUUAAGUUAGAAGAGGUUCCUCCUUUAGAAGGUAAAGAAGGAAUUACAGAUGAUGAACCUUUUUUAAAGAAAGAUCUAGAUUUCAUUAAAGACGUUCAUAAUGUUUAUUCUUGUGGUUCAUUAGGGAUUGUUCAGCAAGUACUAUACAACGAUGGGUAUGGCAGAGAUGAUUCAGCAGAGAGUGGUAAUUACUCAAACGAGAACCUAUCACAUGCAAGAACAGGAACAACAACGUCAGCAAAAGAAUCAGCAGAAACAGAAGGAGCAACAGUAACAGCAAAAAAAGGAACAAUGAACAAUGCGAUGGAUUCGAAGGAACAAAAGCAGUUCCAUGAAAAGGACAGAAUCCAAGAAAGAAAUAACCAUCUUGGGGGUAAAAUCCAGAAUAUACACCGAAUCAUCAUUGAUGUGGUUGAAAAGGUAAAAAUCGUAAAAUGGGUAAAGGCGAAUACUGCCAUAAUUAAUGUAAUGGAAAAGAGAAAAUGGAACAUAAAUAAUAAAAGGAUAAAAAUAUACCAAAUGGAAAUUAUAGACAAAAUAAAAGAAAUUAUAAAAAUAAAUAGUACAUGUGCCUCUGAAUAUAAUUUAUUAUUAAAAUAUUACAAUGUAAAAAAUGUGCACAGUUUGGUGAACCUUAUAGGUAGUAUAACAAUAAGCAAAAAUAGUCUUCUUCAAGAUUUAUUUGAAAAAACAAAUGUAGAGGAUCAGCUUAAAACCUGUUUGAAUUUACUUAAUGAAGAUAUUUUUUUACUAAAAAUGAAAAAAGAAUUAUCUACAAAUAUGCAGCACAAAUUUACAAAAGAAAAAGAAGAAUUAAUAAUUAAGGAAUAUAUAACAAAUUUAAAAAAAAAAAUUGGACAAAAAUCAGAACAUGAAAAUUUGUAUGAACAAUUUUUUAAGAAAUUCCAAUUGAAAAGUAAUUAUAUGAGCCAAGAGGCUUCUACUACAAUACUGCGAGAAAUUAAUAAAUUUUCUUUGUACAGUGAAAAUUGUGUUGAUUAUUCAUCCUCGUAUCAAUACCUCAACACAGUGUUGAGUAUUCCUUAUGGAAAAUAUGCUACUCUAUGUGAAGAUAUCAAGAAAUGUGAAAUGACAUUAUGUCAAAGUCACUAUGGGUUAUAUGAUGUGAAAAGAUAUAUACUGGAAUAUUUAGGACUAUACAUGUUAAAUAAAAAUGUGAAUCCGAAAAUACUUCUCCUCGUUGGGUAUCCAGGUAUAGGGAAAACAUCCAUAUGUAAAUCUAUCAGUCUUGCUUUACAUCUACCAUACUGUAUAAUAAAUAUGAAUAAUAUACACAAUAUGAAUGAACUAAUUGGACAUAGGAGAACCUAUGUGAAUAGCUAUGAAGGAAAAAUUGUACAAGCACUAAUUUCAACAGAUGUAAUGAACCCGUUAAUAAUUUUAGACGAAUUUGAUAAAAUAUCCUUUGGAAACACAAGCAUAUAUAAUACACUUCUAAACAUAUUUGAUAAUACUCAAAAUAAGGAAUUUAAAGAUCUUUAUAUAAAUUUUCCUAUCAAUUUGGAAAAUGUUUUUUUUGUAUGCACAGCUAAUUCAGUUGAUGAAAUACCUGAAGUCCUACUAGAUCGAAUGGAAAUUAUAAAUAUAUAUCCCUACACAAAUAUGGAAAAAAUUCUUAUUUUUAAAAAUUAUUUAAAAGAAAAAAUUCAAACAGAAACUAAAAUUACAAAUAUGCAUCUAGAAUUGUCAGAUGAACUGUUACUAUAUGUUAUUCAAAAUUAUACCAACGAAAAUGGAAUCAGACAAUUUUAUUCCAUUCUAUAUAACAUUUAUAAAAAAAGGGCCUAUAUGCUUUUAAAAGGACUUACACAAAAAAUAGAAUUAGGACUUCAUAAUUUGCAUAUUUUUCAAAAUUUUCUAAGUAUUGGAAAUGUUAGAACUAAUAGGGGGGUAAAUUGUGUUGCUCCAUGUCUAGAGGAAGGUACACUAAAAUCGCUAGCCUUUUCAGAUAAUGGUGGUCAGGUUAUUAUUAUAGAAGUUUCUGGACUUUCGGAUAAAAACAGUUCUUAUAAUAUACAAAGAAGAAAUCAAGACGAUGCAUACUACAAUGGUGAUUCUUUCAGGACAUGUGAAGUUAACAUACCAAAGAAUAGAAAUGACAAAAUGGAAUUUCCAUUCCCAAGUUAUAACCUACAUAUGAACAAUUUUACUCUAACAGAGGAUAAGAUAUAUCACCCACCAAAUAUUUCAAAAAUUGAAAAACUUGUGCGAGAGAGUGAAGAUACACAUCUACUACAUGGAAAAAUUUCCAGCUCAACAGAUAUGCCACAAAAUUUUCCUACUCAAGGUGAACCCUUUUUUGCCAUAAAGGACAAAAUAGGGGAAGCUCAUAGAUGGAAGAAGAAUAUGGAUGAGAAAAAUCUCAAUUUUGGUGGAAACUUAAAUUGUCAAAUUAUCAUAACAGGAAAUGUUGGAAAGAUAAUGCAAGAAAGUAUACUAAUAGCUAACACCUUUUCAAUCCAAUUGUUAAAAAAAAUAAUUCCAAAUUUUCAAACUGAAUAUUUACAUAUAAAUAUGAGUGAAUGUGAUAUGAAAAAAGAUGGACCAAGUGCAGGCAUAAAUUUCGUUACAUCCAUUUUGUCCUAUUACUUAAAGGUGAAAAUAAAUAAUUCAUUAUGUAUGACUGGAGAAAUAACACUCAACGGUUAUGUAUUAAGGAUUGGGGGGUUGACAGAAAAAAUAAUACUUGCAAGAAAUUUUGGAAUACGUACCUUAAUCAUUCCAAAAGAUAAUGCACAAGAAUAUGAGAUGUUGCCAACUCGGGUAAAGGAAAACAUACAUGUGUUGUAUGUCCAACAUUACUAUCAAAUUUUUAAUUUUCUCUUCCCACAUUUUGGUACCGUCUUUUUUUCAUAG